GUUUCGAGAUACGGUCGCGCUGGAGGGAAGUUUGAUGGUGACGGGACAAUAAGGAACCUCGGCGCUCGCCGUAGACUGGAGUCCAAGAUGGCGGCCUCAAUGUCAGCGGCACUGAAUCAGAUUCGUCUCCUCCGGGCUCUCCCUCGGUGUUUACCGAGUCCGAGCAGGUCAUUGAGCACUUCCACAUGGAGGCUAGCACAGACUCAAACCCAAGACACGCAACUCAUCACAGUUGAUGAAAAAUUGGAUAUCAGUCCAGUAACCGGGGUUCCAGAGGUCCAAGUAAAAACACGUAAAGUGAGGAUUUUUGUUCCAGCACGGAAUGCAAUGCAAUCUGGUGUGAACAAUACAAAGCUUUGGAAGAUGGUGUUUGACACCAAGGAACGCUGGGAAAAUCCCUUAAUGGGCUGGGCAUCCACAGCUGAUCCACUAUCAAAUACAGAAUUAAGUUUUACCACCAAGGAGGAUGCAAUUGCCUUUGUGGAAAAGAAUGGUUGGAGUUAUGAAGUAGAGGAAAAGAAGACAAAGGUGCCCAGACCGAAGUCAUAUGGCGUAAACUACUCUUGGAACAAAAGGACCAGGGUGUCAACCAAAUAAAUGACACCAUCACAGUUGUCCAUUUCACUAAGAAUAAAAUCAACUGUUAUAUUUAGGUUGUUACUCUAAUGUGUGAAUAAAUUUAACCUUUAACCAAUUAUUUUUGCCUCUCCUUCUGUCAUAAAAUAUGUAUUUUCCAUAAAUUUCAUUUUUUUCUCCAUCCCCCUCCAUGGCUCCCAGUAAGGCACAGAUUCCCAUAAUGGAUGUAACCAUACUCAUUGGGUAAGCAUCAAAUGUUCCAAUUAAGAAAUAUUCAAACUCCUUACUCUGUAGCUGUCAGAUUAAAGGAAUAACUAGCACAGGAGUCUAGUCUAUUCAAAGCAAGAAGUACUCACUAGUGUGACCUAGACCAUGGACCAUCAUAAUUUGAUGGCACAAUUCUGUGAUCCUCAAAGUUGAAUUUGUUGAAAAAAGAGGGCUUCGCAUUUUUGUUUCAGAUCAUUAGCUUUUCCUCAAACUGAGAAGAUCAUGUAGGACUGUACAUAUAGAACUGUGUGGAGUUAGGGUGGGGGAUUCAAGGAGGUAAUACACCAGAUAAUUCAGGUGAUCUCAUCUGCAAGUGCAAAGCAUAGUGGAUUUUUAAAAAUUGAGACCUAUUUGAAACUCUAUAAUUUUGAUUUCAAAGUAAUUUUGAGGCAGAAGACCAUAUUACAAAGUAUAUUUACACCUUAAAGGAAAUAUUGACCAUAGUAUAUAGUAUUGACUAAAAAGAGAAACAAAUACAAUUAUAGCAAAGAGGCUGAUAGCUCAAGAUGAGAGAAGGAUCACUUAUCAGAUGGUGAGCUUUUCUUGUAUCUUGUCCAGAGGUAUAUGAGAUCUAUGAUGGUAAUGUCAUGCCUGCAAGAAUACUGUAUUCCCAACUUUCAAGGUACAGGCUUCAAUCAAUGCGGACACAUGACCGAAGCUGACUUCAUUUCACAAAUUGUUUUACACCCAGACCCAGGGAGGGACAGAUCAGGAUAAGAGGGACCAUCCUCUAGCAAGAAGAACAGACCCUGCCUAAUAAUCAGUCAUCCUGCCAAGAGAGAGUGGGACUAAUUUGUUUUCACCUGCAAAGCUUCGUCUCUACGAAACUUGGCCACAACUUCAUCUGGAGACCCAGGGACUUUCAACUUCCAUUCAUCCAAAGAACCACUAGAGAGAACCUAUACAGACCUGCCAUGUAUUUUUAAAGGACUAAGAUUUGGAAAAGUGAUUUACUUCUUGUAUUUUCUUUUGCUAAUAACAUAAAAGCAUGCUUUAUCUCUA